AUGAGGAUCAUGGCCUUCGUGACCUUCUGCGGGCUGAGGACGGGGGACCUGAGGCUGAUCGCUAGGACUGUGCUGCCGAAAAUUUUCUUGGAGAACCUCCAUCUGCAUGCAUGCGAGGUGCUGAAAGGGAGGCGAGCUGUUGUGCUCACCACCUUGCCGAGGCUCAUGGUGGAGGGAUUCUUGAAGGAGUACUUAGAGGUGGGGGAGGUGGUGGGGGCGGAGCUGCAGGUGGUGAAGGGCUGCUACUUCACGGGGGUCAUCUCUUGGCCUGACAAACAGAGAGCUCUCAGGGACAUGGUCAAGGCCGGUGCGGCCAUUGUGAACCUCUCCAAUGUCCACCACCACCAACUCUCGGCCAAGGAAAUUUAUGUCGUGAGAGAGGAGGAAUCAAGGAGUGAGAGCAGCAAAAUGCCGAGAAACAAGUACCCGAAGCCACUUGUGUUCCAUGACGGAAGACUGGCUUUUCUCCCGACGCCAUGCGAGAUGAUGGCGUUCUUCAUGUGGAUACCCGUGGCAAUCCCUUUGGCCGUGUUCAGGAUCGCGAUGGGGAUCGUUUUCCCUUAUAAAAUAUCCAUCUUCAUCGCCGCCGUCACCGGAAUCCGAUUCCGGAGGGCCGGAGAUGGGAAAGCGAACGGGGAGAAGAAGGGGGUGGUGUACGUGUGCACGCACCGGACGCUGUUGGACCCGGUGAUGCUGUGCUCGGCGCUGGAGAGGACGGUGCCGGCCGUGACGUACAGCCUGAGCCGGGUGUCGGAGGCGUUGGCGCCGAUGCGGACUGUGCGGCUGACCCGGGACAGGGGACGAGACGCGGCGACGAUGCGGCGGCUGCUGGCGGUGGAGGGGGGCCUGGCGGUGUGCCCGGAGGGGACGACGUGCCGGGAGCCGUACCUGCUGCGGUUCAGCCCGCUGUUCGCGGAGGUGGCGGAGGAGGUGGUACCGGUGGCUCUGGACGCGCGGGUGGGAAUGCUGUACGCUACCAAGGCCUCCUCUUCUCAACCAAAUGGAGGAGUUGGAGGAGAUGCGGUGUGGUUGGACGGAGAAGGAUAUUUCAUAACUUAUAUUCUGAAUUGUCGACACAAGAGUUUGAUCGAUUUUGCGAAGAAGAAUUUGCUUCAUGGUUCAAAUCAUAUGUCAUUAGAGGUGAUAUCUCAUAUUUUUUCCCUCUUAUUCUAUAAGCUUUACAUAAAAAUGCAUAUAUUUCAACGUGAUGGAUAUAGACGGAGAUUACAGGAUCAGACAGAUUCAUCACCUGCCAGUGUACCUGUGCCACCCCCUGAUCAGGUAGGAUCAUCUCAUGUACCUUCUCCACUGGUUUCAAAUUCGCUGCUGCUAGUACCAUUGCCCGUGCAGUUCCCAGUCCCCACAGAUCUUCCUUACUCUGCAAGAAACUCAUUUGCUGAGUUUAGGAAUGAUAGAGCUUUUUUAGUUCCCAUUGGAGAUUCGUAA